AUGCGAACAAUCAAAGGGCGAAUAGUCAGGAGCUCCCGUCCCGUUUAUUGUUCCUACCUGGCCUCCAGUCACGUGACGCGCGCUAGAGCUUUCACGGAUCUGCGAGACUCGUAUCCACCGCGCCCCCAGGUGUUUCCCUCUCACUCCCAUUCUCCAUCCGAACUACUGGAGACUCCUGAUCGGCGGUUCGAGUGCCCACCCCUCCCCCCGGGCGCCGCGUUUUCGCCUGGUGGAGGUUCAAGAAAACGUUCACCUCCAUCGCGAUCUCCGUCGCCAAAUCGACGUCGCUCACCACCGGGUGAUUCGCACCGAGACGAUGGCGAUGCCCCCCGCCUGGAUGAUGAGCGCGCAAUCGAACGAGAGCGACAGCUCGCGGAGCGUGUCCGUGAACACGAAAGGAAGGAAGCAGUUCGAAAGCCGAUGACCGACGAGGAGAAACAGGCUUCUGCAAAGGCGGAAUACGAGAAACUCCUGAACAUGCGUUCGGGCGGUACGUAUAUUCCUCCAGCCCGACUUCGUGCGCUACAGGCGCAGAUCACGGAUAAGACGAGCAAGGAGUACCAGCGCAUGGCAUGGGAGGCGUUGAAGAAGUCGAUCAAUGGUCUGAUCAACAAGGUCAACGUUUCCAACAUCAAGUUCAUCGUCCCCGAACUGUUCGGAGAAAACCUGGUUCGAGGACGGGGCUUGUUCUGUCGUUCCAUCAUGAAGGCGCAGGCUGCUAGUCUGCCCUUCACGCCCAUCUACGCUGCGAUGGUGGCGAUUGUCAACACCAAACUUCCGCAGGUCGGAGACUUGUUGUUGUCCCGAUUGAUCAUCCAGUUCCGCAAGGCAUUCAAGCGAAAUGACAAAGCCGUCUGCAUCUCGUCCACAACUUUCAUCGCCCAUCUAUGCAACCACCAGGUUGCUCAUGAGAUGUUGGCCGCUCAGAUUUUGCUGCUUCUUCUCCACAAGCCCACGGACGACAGUGUGGAAAUCGCAGUCGGGCUCACGCGAGAAGUUGGCCAGCAUUUGGAGGAAAUGAACCCUCCCAUUGCACUCGCCGUGUUCGACCAAUUCCGAAACAUUCUUCACGAAGCCGAUAUCGACAAGCGUGUGCAGUAUAUGAUUGAGGUGCUCUUCCAAGUGCGCAAGGAUCGUUAUAAGGACAACCUAGCGGUUAAGGAGGAGCUCGAUCUUGUGGAGGAAGAAGAUCAAAUCACCCACCGCCUCGGUUUGGAUGAUGAGAUUGAGACACAGGACACGCUCAACAUCUUCAAGUUUGAUCCGGAGUGGGAACAGCACGAAGAUGCCUACAAAAAGCUUAAGGCCGAAAUUCUCGGCGAGGACAGUGAUGAGGAUGAUGAGGAUGGCGAGGACGAGAGCUCGGACGAAGAAUCAGACGAGGAGCAGAAGAUGGACAUUCAAGACCAGAGCAACACUGACCUGGUUAAUCUGCGCCGAACGAUCUACUUGACGAUCAUGUCUAGUAUCGACUUCGAAGAAUGCUGUCACAAAUUGAUGAAGAUCAACCUGCCGGCUGGUCUAGAGCCCGAACUGCCGUCAAUGAUUAUCGAGUGUUGCUCCCAGGAACGAACGUACUCCAAGUUCUAUGGCUUGAUUGGCGAGCGAUUCGCAAAGAUCAAUCGCCUGUGGUCGGACUUGUUCGAGGCUGCCUUUGCUAAAUACUACGACACUAUUCACCGCUAUGAGACAAACCGCCUACGCAACAUCGCUCGUUUCUUCGGACACAUGAUCAGCAACGAUGCCAUUGGCUGGCAUGUUCUUUCGGUGAUUCAUCUCAACGAGGAGGAAACCACCUCCAGCAGCCGUAUCUUCAUCAAGAUUCUGUUCCAGGAUCUUGGAGAGCACAUGGGCCUGCCGAGCCUGCAAGCCCGGUUCCGUGACGAGAUCCUGCAGCCAAGCUUUGAGGGUCUCUUCCCCACGGAGAACCCUCGACACACCCGUUUCUCCGUUAAUUACUUCACCAGCAUUGGCAUGGGUAUUUUAACUGAGGAUAUGCGUGAGCAACUAAAAAACCUUCCCCGACCGACUGUGCCCGCCUUGCCCGCAGCCGCAUCGCGCUCGUCAUCGCGGUCCUCAUAUUCCUCAUACUCGUCUCGUUCCCGGUCUCGCUCUCCUUCUCGUGAUCGCGGCCGCUCUUACACUCGCUCUCUCACACCCUCGUCGCGAAGUCGGAGUUACACUCCAUCACGCUCGCGCUCGCGCUCCCCACGCCGCAGUCGACGUGACGCAUCUAUCAGUCGAUCACGAUCGCGAUCCCGAACGCCAGCGGAUCGGUCCGUAUCCAGGUCGCGCACACCCCCGCGACGUCGGGCGCGUUCCUACGACUCCCGCAGUCCCAGUCGUACCUCAAGUCGGACACCUAGUCGCAGUCCGUAUAGAUCUCGCCGGUCCGUUUCGCGUUCCGUCUCGCGAUCCGUCACCCCUCCACGCCGUGCGGCCCCCGCUAGUCGACGCAACCGCAGCGGCUCACGAUCCGUCUCUCGGUCUGUCACCCCUCCUCGUGAUCCUGCAUCAAAAUCUUCUAGGCGGUACUCGUCCAAGUCCGUAUCCCCUCUGCCUGUUCGAGGCCGAGAUCAGUCCGUCUCCCGUUCUCGCAGUCCCCCGCGCAGGGAUGUUUCGCGUGGACGAACUGAUUCUCGGACCCCUCCUCGCCGACGUUAA